AUGAAACAUGCUUUGCCCUUUACGCUGGCCGCGCUCGCCUGCGGCUUCUCUCUGGCGAUGACCCCGCCCGCCGCGGCCAACGAGGCUUGCGGCAGCGGCGAACCCGCCACAGGCGAACCGAUCAAGAUCGGCGCGAUUGUCGGCCAGACCGGACCCGCCGACUUUUCCUCAGCGUCCAAAUCGGCCGCCGCCUUCUUCGACUGCGUCAACGCCAAUGGCGGCAUCAACGGGCGACCGGUUGAAUAUCUCGUCGAGGACGAUGCCUGGAACCCCGAAAACGCCGCCAACGCCGCCGCCAAGCUGGUCAAUGACGAGGGCGUCGUCGCCAUGGCCGGUUCGACCUCCUUCAUCGAAUGCGGCACCAACGCCAGAUUCUAUGCCGACAAUGGCAUCGGCGUGAUCGCGGGUGUCGGCGUGCCGCGCGAAUGCUUCUUCUCUUCCAACAUCGCGCCGAUGAACAUGGGCCCACGCCUAUCGACCCUCGGUGCGGCGAUCGAUGCCUAUGAAAACCAGGGUGCCCGUUCGUUCGUCUGCAUGGCACCGAACAUUCCCAAUGUCGGCGGUUGGUUCUGCGAAGGGCUGGCGGCCUGGGGCGCCGACAAGGGCGUUGAGACGCACAAUGUGCUGCACGAUCCGGCGACACUCGAUCCGACCUCGCUGGUCCUGCAGGCCAUGGCGAUGGGCGCCGACGCGAUCAUCGUCGCCGAACCGGCGCCGGCCGCCAUCCCGAUCUUCAACGCUGCCGAGGAUCAGGACCUGCGCGAGGAAGCGAUCUGGCUCGGGCCGACCUCGAUCUAUGACACCGCGUUCCCGGCAGCUGUCGGCGACUACUGGGCCGGCGCGAUCAAGGCGCAUAUCGAGUUCAACACGCUCGACAGCGACGGCGUCGAUAAUACGGCGUGGCUGUCGAUCAUGGACGAAUAUGGCAACGCCUCCGAUCCGCGCGACAGCUUCAGCCAGGGCGGCUAUCUGGCCGCCAAGAUCAUAACGGGGGUGCUGCGCGGCAUCGACGGCGACAUCACCCGUCAAAGCGUGCUGGAAGCCCUUCAGACCAUGGAGGCGGUGGACUCUGAUCUUCUGUGUGGUGCGUGGUCGUUCGGACCCGGCGACCGGCACAAUGCCAACCAGGCCGGCCGCAUGGUGACCAUGACCGCCGAUGGCUGGGAAACCUCGCGCGAUUGUUUCGUCUCCGACGAUCCCGAACUCGCCGACAUCCGCAGCUGA